UCUGGAUGUUACAUGCACCUCUUCUCACAUUUCUGAUCUCCCAACAGCUCACUCGUCACGCACAUCCACCAGCAUGGCUCCUUCAGCAGUGAAUACUUCAUCGGUAUCAGUAUCAGUCACAUCCACGGAAGCUGCUAACAGUGGCAAGUUCUCUCAAAGCAAUUUAGGAAUUUUAACUGCCAUGUACUAUUUGUGAUGAAAAUAUGCCAUUAAAUUUGGUAAUUAUAAUAUCCCAAUAUUAACCUCACCAUUUCUACUCCUUCCUUAAUUUUUUGUUGCCCGUAACAUUGCCCAUAAACUUGCUCUUCAACUUCCCUCAACAGUCUCACUCCCAGCAUACUUAUUUUCCAUAGUUAUCAGUUCAACUUCCUCACUAAUUGUCUUUCUAACAUCCAUUCUCACAACUAUGGUUGUUUAUUGAUCCAUUAUUGUAAUCUCUCCUUCUUUAUAACCCCCUCCCCCCAGUUCACGCAAAAGUCUAUGACCAUCUGUGUAGUUCUCGAUCAACAUACUUCGACAUGUCUAUCAGAGCCUUUGCUUAUCUGCCUCAUGCCUCUCACACCAUUAGAUAUUUGCUAUUCCAUUCUCAUCAUUUUAAAUUCCUUACCUGUUUCUUACUAAUUUUCAGGCUAAAAUUUUCAUGCCUGCUUUCCCCCUUCUGAACAUCUGCUCAGUUUCUCCUUCCCCUGACAAACUCAUUUCAAUAGUUUCCAGUGGCACCAGAAAAUUUGUGAAGAUUUUGAUGCCAGCCUACUAAGACACAACCCAUUUGGCAUAUAUAUGUUUCAACUUCCCCAGACUGUUCCUAAUAUCCCGAUAGUUUAAGACUCACUUUCCUGCACCAUCUCUACAACCAUUCAUUCAUCUGAACAAUGUUUCUAUUUCUGUACUCACUUGGCUACACUGUGGUGAUGAAUUGAAUGAUUACAAUGUUUAAGGUCCUGCUCAUAAUCUCUUUCUUAUUGUCUCUCUACAUCACCUUGUCCUGUUUCCCUACUGUACUGAAUGCACUGAUAUGAGUAUUGACAGCUGGCUAUCAGCUGCUCAGUGAUACCACGAAGUUGGUUGCAAGGAGGCAACAUGCUGUUUUCUGAACAGGUCCAUCUGCCACAACUAUCUUAUCAAGGUAUUGAAGUCUUGUCCAUACCACUCCCUUUAUUUGGAGACGACCUUCUCAAGUUACCUAUCUUCAUGGCUCUGGCCUCACUCGACAGGAGAAUUUAUUCUAUCAUCUGUAUUCAGAAUGAACUACUGAUUAGGGCUAUGGAUGCCCUUAAAGGACCUCCUAACUUAACUGCCUAUUCAACUUUGCUUAUCUAGCAAUCACCAACUGCCUCUCUGGCUGCAUUACCUUGAGCUUACAGGGUAGCUAUAUCCUGAAAUGUGGUCACCAAGAUGUAUUCUAGAGUGAACUCAGAUCUUGAGCUAACCCGCAAUUGACCACACUUCCUGCACCGGUGGCCGUUCAGAAUACAAGAUAUUCUUUGGUAUCCCAGGUGGUGUACGGCACACAUUUCAUAGGACUGGGCAUUUUUAAUGAUACUUCUGUUAGUGGCAUGUAUUUUCACUCACUGUUUUCUUUAUCCCGCAGAUCACUCUUCACUCACAUACGCCAGCACGGCUCCAUCAGCAACCACAACCAGUCCAAAUCACUCUUCACUCACAUACACCAGCACGGCUUCAUCAGUAACCACAACUAGUGCAAAUCACUCUUCACCCACGUACUCCAGCAUGGCUUCAACAGUAAUUACAGCUAGUCCAAAUUUCACAUCACUCAGCAGUUCUGGCACCAGCGCAAAAGCAGCAACUACUCAGUUCUCAGAAAACUCAACAGGCACAAGUAACACCACAACCACAGACUCCAACAUAACAGAGCCUACUGCAUCCACUCUCAGCACAGCAGUCCAAACUUCUGGUGCUAAUACUACGAAUUGCAAUUAUAAAAUUAACUGUGCUGUAAGUAGAGUGACGGAUAGAACCAUCACAAUGGACAUCACCUACAUCAUCAAUGAAAAUGUAACAAUAACUAUUCUGACUGAAGUCUACAAUCUUAGUGCAGAUAAAAACAUGACGAAUAUAACGAUAGAAGGUCUCAGUGUAUGUACUUCUUAUAACCUCUCAGUAAGCGUGAAUAAGUGCCCUACAUUUUGUGAAAAUGCAAAUGCCACAACAAAACCGCCGCCUAGUUUUGACUUUAAUAUUAUCCAAAACCCGCCUUACUUCUCAAUCAAUAAAACUUCAGAUAUGAAACGAUGCAAUCUUACUUAUGAUUGGAACUGUAAAAGUGAAAAUGUAACUAAAGUAGAUGAAAUAACAGUGAACAUUUCAACUCCUUGUGAAGAAUACAAUUGCUUUAUCACAUUCAGCACUGGAAAUUGGAAAGGGGUUAAAAACGUAAGCCUGAAAGCAGAAAAGGAAAUACCUAACACGCCAUAUAUUUACAAGAAGACCGUUACUAGUUCAUCCAUUCAAAUGAUCUGGAAUGUGAUGAGUACUGGUUUAAAUCCCGUAAAGGACGUCAUCGUAUUCUGUGUGCUUCAAGGUCAACAAGAGGCACACAUAUGUGAAGGUAAUGCAAGUAACUCAAAAACCUCAGGAUCAUAUACAUGUAGAAACCUGAAUGCAUAUAAAAACUAUACAUGUCAUGCUACAGCUACAAACAAUAAAUGCAAUGGUACCAUGCAAUCAAGUGAUGAAGCUACUAUCACCUUGCAGACUGACCAAGGGUGCCCAGCAAAACCUGAAAACCCAAAAAUCAACAUUUUAAGCAGUAAUGCCAUUAGCAUUACCUGUACUAGACUAGAAAAAGAACAGUGGAAUGGAGAGAAGGUUACAUAUUCAGCCACGCUACAACCAAAAUCCAGCAACAGUAAUAAAGAAAUUAAAAAUCAUACCGACUGUUCAUUUGAAUUCAAAGAUUUAAACUAUCUGUCUAAAUACAUAAUACAGUUGCAGGUAAUUGGUCCAGCUUGUACUACUAAAGUCAAUUUUGAGGAUUACGAAACUGGAUACAAUGAAAAGGCAUUGAUUGGAUUCCUGGCAUUUCUGAUCAUUGCUACAACAAUAGCUCUGGCCAUUGUACUCUACAAAAUAUACAUUUUGCAGAGGAAAUCUUCAAGACAUCCUGAAGAAUCCGUGGAACUUAUUGGACAUGAUGAUGAAAAACAGCUGCUCAAUGUGGAACCCAUACUUGCUGAACAACUGAUUGAUGUCUAUAGGAGAAAGCAGGCCGAUGAAUCCAGAUUAUUUUUAGCAGAAUUCCAGAGCAUUCCAAGGGUCUUCAGCAAAUUUCCUGUUAAGGAUGCACGUAAAGGUUGUAAUUCGAACAAGAAUCGAUAUAUUGACAUCCUACCAUAUGAUUACAACCGUGUUGAACUUUCCCCUGUGUCUGGAGAGCAUGGUUCAGAUUAUAUCAAUGCAAGCUUCAUUGAUGGCUUCAAUGAACCCCGGAAGUACAUUGCCGCCCAAGGACCGAAAGAAGAAACAUCUGAUGAUUUCUGGAAAAUGGUGUGGGAACAGAAAGUAACAAUCAUUGUCAUGGUGACUCGCUGUGAGGAAGGGAAGCGGCCCAAGUGUGCUCAGUAUUGGCCCACCAUGGAUGUAAAGUCCAUGUACUUUGGUGACUUCUCUGUGAGAAUUAGUGAGGAGAAGUUGUGUCCAGACUAUGUUAUUCGGAAGCUCUUCAUUUCACAGAAGGAAAAAUCUCCAGAGAGAGAAGUCACACACAUACAAUUCACCAGCUGGCCAGACCAUGGUGUUCCAGAAGAUCCACAUCUUCUUCUCAAAUUGCGUCAGAGAGUUAAUACCUUCAGAAACCUAUUUAGUGGUCCAAUCGUUGUACACUGCAGUGCCGGGGUGGGUCGCACGGGCAGCUACAUUGGAAUUGAUGCCAUGUUGCAGGCCCUGGAGGCUGAAGGACGAGUGGAUGUCUAUGGUUACAUAGUUCAGCUCCGUCGGCAGCGCUGUCUCAUGGUGCAGGUUGAGGCCCAGUACAUUCUGAUCCACCAGGCUUUGCUGGAGUACUACCUCUAUGGUGAAACAGAGGUCAACCUGUCUGAAUUGCCCAAAUACCUCACCAAUUUUAGAAAGAGGGACCCACCUACGGAGCCUUCCCUCCUGGAGGCAGAGUUCCAGAGGAUUCCAUUUUAUACUGAAUGGAGAUCCCAGACAGCAGCAAGACACGCUGAUAAUCAAAGCAAAAACCAAUCACUUUCAGUGAUCCCAUAUGACUACAACAGAGUUUAUGUCAAAUUGGAGAGUGACAAAAGCAAGGAGAAUGAAAAUCUAAGUGACACUGAAUCGAGCUCUGAUGAUAGUGAUGAUGAAGAAUCCACAAGAUAUAUCAAUGCUUCCUACAUAGAAGGAUAUUGGCAUACUGAGACACUGAUUGCGACACAGACUCCACUGCCUGAAACUAUUGCUGACUUUUGGUCGAUGAUCUAUCAGAAAAAGGCAAAGCUCCUCAUAUUUCUGGGCCAAGUAAAAGACGACAAGGAUUGUACACGAUAUUGGGAAGAUGAAAAGAAAACUUAUGAAGAUAUUGAGGUUAAGUUGACUGAAUGCAAUGAACAACCAGAGUUUACUGUUCAAGUCUUUGAAAUAAGACAUAUAAAGAAGGAAACAACUCAGAAAGUAUACCAGUAUAACUUCCGUGAGUGGAAAGAAUCUGGGCUUCCUGAAAGUCCAAGUAACUUUAUCACCAUGAUGAGAAGCAUCAAAGAAAAACUGUCAGUGCUUAAAGAUGAUCAAAAUGGCAUAGUACCACCCAUCAUUGUACAUUGCAGUGAUGGAUCCAAGCGGACAGGAAUGUUCUACGCUCUUUGGAACCUACUUGAUAGCGCAGAUAAUGAAAAGAUAAUAGAUGUUCUCCAGGCAGUCAAAGCAUUGCGUAAGCAGAGACCUGGAGUGAUCCCGACCUUUGAGCAGUAUGAGUUCCUCUAUGAUGUUGUUGCUAACACAUACCCUGUGCAGAAUGGGACAUUAAUCUCUGGCAAUGGCUCAUCACAAACCUCUGUUGAGGUCAUCUCUGAAACCCCCUUGGAAAACAAAUCCCAACAAGAAGCCGGUUCUGAUUCAAUAGAAAAUAAGAAAGAGACAUCUGCUGAGGAAGACAAAGCUAAGUCUGAAAGCAGUAACAUCAAACAACCAACAGAAAAUCCUACUAAUGGACCUAUAACUAGUGAUGAAAAUGUGUGAAAAAAAACUGUUGUUGUGCAUGCAGUACUGGUAUUAAUCAGUAUUUGUGUUACUAAGAGAAAUGCCUAAGUGUGGCUGUUAAUUUUUAUUUGCAUGAACUUGGUUUAUCACUGGAUGCACCCAAUAUUUUUGCCAGUACACAGUUCAACAAUGGCAAUCAGCUCAAACGUAAGUAUGAAUGUAUUUCCAUGAUGAUAUUAGUUUCCUAAUUUAAAACCUAGUUUAAUGUUUUUGGUCUUUCAAGUUACACCAGUAACUCUAAAAUAAAGCAAAAAGACCUUUUAAAGAAAGAACUUUAUAUAUAUAUACAUAUAUAUAUAUAUAUAUAUAUUUUAUUGUGUGUAUUGAAAAUCUAAAUGCUAAUUUUGCUUGGGGAUGUAUUAUUUUUAGCAGUUCAUAUUUUAAGAUAUGGCAAAAAUGGUCAUGUAUUGAGUGUGAAGAAAUUUGGCAAUUUUAUUAAGCCCUGUAAUUUUUAGCUUUUUAUAAUGCAGCCAUUUUUCAAUUUACAAAUUAUUUUUAUAGUUAUUUUUUCCAAGUUAAAGCUGUGCAGUUGAUCUGCUUAAAAAUGAUAAUGUAUAUAGCUAUAAGAAAUUAGAUCAAAACUCAUUAUAUGGAAGCAAACUGAUUAUUUGUAGCAGAUUCAUAAAACGGCUAAUGAUUUGUAAAUGGAAAUAUCACAGUUCACUGAAAAAGACCACAGACAUGAAGCCUGAUUGCAGAACAGAUUCAGAUUCAGAUUCAGAUUCAUUUAUUUAUCACAUGUACGUCAAAACGUACAGUGAAAUGUGUCGUUUGCGAGAGCAACCAACACAACCUGAGGGUGUCCUAGGGCAACUCAUAAGUGUCGCCACACAUUCUAGCACCAACGUAGCAUGCCCACACUGUUCAGCAGAACAACACAAGCAACAAUAACAAUACAACAACAUCAACUAAACAACAACAAAACAAGCCUCUUUCCUCCCACCCACAUGCACAGACUGACCUCCAACCCCAGGGCAGACUGCCUCUAUAGUCCUUGGUCCAGCACUCUGUCUCACAGACAUUAGGUGCAGACUUGCAGUUGCCAACCGGCAAUCAUCAGGCCUGUAGAUCAACCCAAAUGGCCACAGAGCAAGAUAAAAGUUUAUGUUUAAAUCAGUAUUUAAACGUAAAAGAGAAACCUCAUUUCAGGUGAGGUGUCUGAGGAACAGUGCAAUAGUGUGGUAGCAUCAGAUAAUGUCACUGGAGAUUUGUGGAAAAGAUUCAGAAAGUGCUGGAAAAUCUCAGCAGGUGAAGUGUUAUUUGUGGAAAGAGACGUGGUUAAUUGUCAGAAAUGAGAAAGGGUCUAGGUUGCAGAAACGGUGAAGGAGGGCAAUGGGUUGAAUAACAUGGGAGGGAAAUCUGGGGAUUUAUGGGUUAAUAAUCCAGCCUGCCUGACAUGUGGUAGAGCUCAAAAAAAUGGCCACUCAUGGUGAUGUGAGAAGUUAUAAAGUCUUAUCAGAGAUGUACUGUGAACCUUUGUUGUAAAUUGUCCUGGGAAGGAAAGGUCUCGGAAUCCACCAAUAAUUCCAUUUCCAUUUAUCAGUGACAAGGAAAAUUAUAUGUCCCAACUGAGGUAAAAAAUAACUCUGAAAAAUAAACUUAAAACCAAACUUUUUCCAAAGAUUUAGUUGAUUACAUGUUCAUUAAGAACUCCUAAAAGAUUCUGUGUUCAGUGACAAUUGCUGCUAGUAUUUUUUUUUUGGUUCCUUUGCUGUCAGUAAAUGGUGAUAAAGCUGUUCCUGUUGAUCACUUAUAAUCAGCUUCCUGGCUUCAUGUUAACAUGUUUCCAAUUGAGAUAAAUUAUUCUUGGAGUAAGCCUUGAUUUCUUGCAUUCCAAAUAACUCCAACAAUGGCAAGCUGUACAAAGUACAAAGUAUGACCUCAUUUCUAUAAUGUAAUUCAUGACCUCAAGACAUCCCAGAGUGUUAUACAACUAAUUGAGCAAGUUCUGAAUUGAUGGCACUGUUUUGAUGUAGGAAAUGCUGCGACCAGUUGUAUCAAAUCAUAAUGUAAUAAUGAUUUGCAAUAUAUAUUUUAAUGAGGUUUGUUAAAGGUUUACAAAUUGGCCAGGACAUCUUGGAUUAGCUCUCUCUUUCUUCUGCAAAAUGUUGCACAUGAUUUUGCAUCCUCUGUAGAGAGCAGAAAAGGCCUGGCUGUCCAUUAAAAAGUGAAGUUGAUUUCCAUAUUAUAACAGUGUUACUUGAUUAGUAGUUGAGAAAAUGCAUUGCUUCAAAUAAUGGAAAAAUGAUUUCUAGAAAUUUGUUUGGCUUGUUGCAUUCAAACUGGAUUCUGUACAUUUUACUCAAGAUAAUGCUAUUUAAUUUUGUUUGGAUUUUUUUCAACAGCUUACAGUUUUCUAAUGCAUAUUUCUUUAAUUCAGACGUUCUUUGUACAACAAAAGAUUUUUGUACUAAUAGUGUUCUUGAAUAAAUUAAAUGUCACAUCAUGUUGUGCAGUGUGACGA